AGAGUUAAACUCCGGUGGAGGAGGGACCAUUACAGUGCUUGUUAUCAGUUAGUUGGUGAUAACGGGAGAGUGGACAUGAGGCCAAGUGUGCUGCUAUUGACACUGUCAGGGCUACUGCUCAACCAGGCUGUAGGCCAGGAAGACCUGUCAGAGAUCUUAGAACUUUUCAAAGGGCUGCCUUCAGUGUUAGAAUAUUUCAGAAAUAAUUCAGACCCUCUAGCCAAAACUAUCUUGACCACGUUCGAGAGGGAAUGCUUCUUUACUACAGAGCCCGUGGUGCCCGACCACAACGACUUGUCCAGGAGACCUUACAUCGUCAUAGAGGGCAACAACCGGCCAAGUCGAGACAAGGUUGGAGUUGCUCUUGCCCGCAUGUUCAAUGGUCGUUACUUCAACAACCCCGCACCCUGCCUGAUCCGCCACCUGGUUGAGCUCCCCUCUGGCAGCUUCCUGCGGCGCGCAUACUUCGUUCUCUCACUCUACGCCACAGACUUCAACGUACGAGUGCAGCUCGCCGCCGGACACCCUGUAGUAGCUAAUGGGUGUUGGCUGGACCAGGUGGUUUUUGCUCUAGAGAAGAUCUACCCGGAGCUACCCGCGGCGACGUCAGACCUCUUCAGUUGGCCUCCUGACCUGCUCAGACCUGAUAUCACCUUCUACUUGUCAUCCAACCUGCGUUACCGUGGCAACGCUUUCAUCCCCCGUGUCACAACCCCGCAUCAGAACAGAUCGCUGGAAAUGUAUCGCAGGCUACAGACAAGAUAUCCUAUAAUGAUCCUGGACAGAAACGUCAGACCUGAAGUGAUUCACAACCACGUCGUCAGAAUACUCUCUCACAAACGAACACUGGACUCGCGAGAUGUUGACGAGGACACGGAGGUGAGACUUCAACUAUUCACUGGACUUCAAGGAGUCUUAAACUUCUUCAGGAAUAAUUCGAAUGUUCUUGCUCAACGCAUCCUGGAGACUUUCCAAAAGGAAUGCAUAUUCAACCUGACCAAGCCCAUCCCCGGGGGCGCCUCGAGGAAACCCUUCAUCGUCCUAGAGGGCAACGACCUCACCAAUAGGGAGAACGUCGGUAAGGGGUUGGCUCGCAAGAUGAACGCCAGAUACAUGGUGCACCCGGCGUCUUGUCUGGUCAAGUACAUGGACGUGUUGCCCAAGGCGAGUGUCCUGCGUCGCGCCUUCUACAUACUCUCACUGUACGCCGUGUCUCACAGCGUCAAAGCACAUCUCAGCACCAACAAAGGCGUCGUUCUCAAUGGGUACUGGCAUGAUCAGGUGACGUUCUCUCUCGCCCAAGUUGCACGGUCUGAACAAGUGUAUGACGUCACAUCUGACCAGUUCCGUAUGCCAGAUGAACUGCUUCCCCCGGACAUCAGCGUUUACCUUCUCUCGGACAACCCGACUGACAACAAAGCAUCUACUAGUGUUUCUACAAGCACGCUGGAGAUGUACAAAUCUCUGCAGGCGUUCUACCCCAUCGUGAUAGAGGAGGUGACGGACAGCGACCGCGAAACUACCACCAAUGUGUUCAAACAUGUCCAGGACCGUCUAUCGGGCACUCGUCAUAUCGUCGAGCAAGAGUAUGAGGAAGUAACAGACGUGUUAUCCUUGUUUACUGGGCUGAUGCCAGUGCUUCGAUACUUCAAAACUAGUGUGCAUCCUUUUGCCAAGGAAAUUAUUACAACGUUUGAACAAUACUGGUCCUCCUCGAUACAGGAACCGGAAACUGAACGCAAAAAUCCUUUCAUUGUAAUAGAAGGAAACAACCGCACAAGUAGAGAGGCGAUAUCGUUCAGGCUGUCCAAGAUGCUUGGAGGUGUGUUUGUGAAGCAUCCUGCUCCUUGCCUCAGGGACUUCAUGUACACACUCCCGUCAGGAUCCUUGCUGAGAAGGGCGUACUACAUCCUGUCGUUGUACGCAACUUCCUUGGAUGUCACCAGACAGACAAAGGUCACUCCCGUCGUCCUCAAUGGUUUCUGGCUGGACCAGUUAACGUUCGCGUUGAUCCAGUCGUUCCAGUACGGACGACUUCCCCGGGUGACGACCCCCAUCUACAGGUGGCCGACGGAGCUGCUGCAGCCAGACCUCAUCAUCUACCUGGACCAUCCGGACCAACUGGACCAGCGACCGUUCAUUAAGAGGAGUCACAACAACUGGAAACCUAGGUCUCUGGAUUUGUAUCGUAAACUAUCAUCUAUCUACAAUGUAAAAAUAGUAAAGGUACAACAAGAUUACGGGGAAACGGCGAACGAAAUACAUCAAAUCAUUAUAAACGAAUGUGCUUCUGAUGAUGACAACAAACCUCACAGUUUAUCAAACAUCUGAUAAAUGACUAAUUUAUUUACCUCCUUCAUUAUGAAAUUUGUGUGUUUAUUUUGCUUAUUCAGCCUAUGUUUUUAGGGAUUUCCUUCAAGGAAUAAUGGCGUCAUAUUUUAAAUUAAAA